AAUACAUUUUUGAAGAAACUGACAAGAACAGGAGUCUUAUUUUUUAAAAUGUUCGAACUUCAGCAGUGUGUAACAGCUAACAGGAUACCCAGGAAAAGGCCUUAUAGAUGUGACAUCUGCUACAAACAAUUUGAAACCCCAUCAAAAUUAGCUAGGCAUUAUCUUAUACACACUGGUCAAAAGCCAUUUGAAUGUCAUGUAUGUCAUAAAACUUUUAGACAGCUAGUCCAUUUGGAGAGACAUGAGCUAACACACACGCUUCCUUUUAAAUGUAAUGUUUGCCAUAGGAAUUUCAAAAAUUUAAUCACUUUUUUAAAGCAUCAACAGCUUCAUAAUGAAAACUACCGGAGUGAUAUUAAGCAAGAUAAAAAAUCAGUAGAUGCCAAGCAAGAUGGGCUGAUAUGUGGAAUGUUUCAUUGUUCUAUUUUCCCAAAUAAUCUCCACAGUGCCAGGAGGAGAAAGAAAACUCAUGUGUGUGAAACAUGUAACAAGAUGUUUCCAUCACGAUCUAAGCUGGAAAGACACUUGCUGAUUCACACUGGCCAGAAACCUUUUAAGUGUUCCUUGUGUGGUAAAUCUUUCAGGCAGUCAACACAUUUGAAAAUCCAUCAGCUCACACACACAGAGGAGAGGCCUUUCCAAUGCUGUAUUUGUCAGAAGGGAUUUAAGAUCCAGAGCAAACUCCUGAAGCACAAGCAACUCCAUGUUAGAAAUAAAACUGUUCCCAGAGUCCUUUACAGACCAAAGACUUCUAAAUACCCUAGGCCUCAGAACUUUCUGGAAGGAAAAAAGGAUGAUUUUGAGAAUGUGGAUACUUAUGAGUCCCCAGAGAAUGACCCACUUGAUGUUCAUUCUAUUUAUAUUGUGCCUUUUCAGUGCCCAGUCUGUGAGCAAUGUUUUGAAACAGAGCGAGUUCUAAAUUUGCACAAAUGUUUUUACCUGAAAGAUGGCAAAAAUAUGAACUGUGGCAAACCAGCCUACAGUCACAAAGCCAACAUUAAAAGUAAAGUCCCAAUGCAGCUCAAACAUGCUGGAGAAAAGGCAUCAGAUUCUUCUCUGUCUGACAGAAAAAAAAAUAAAACAAGUCACUUUAAAAGUUAUGACCUGUUUGUAUCUAAUGAGCAGCAUUCUGAUCAUUCCCCUAACACUUUUAAAAAUUAUCAUAGCAAGCUUGCCAGGCACAAUACAAUUAGCAAUAAAAAGAAAAGGACAUUUGUCAUGCCUUUAUCCUGGCAAGAGCACCUACAGAAGCAUAAAUUAGAAAGUAAUUUAAAAAGUAUGAUUGCUGGUGAAAGCAUGUUAAACAUGGAUGAUUCGGUACAUAAUAAAGAUGACUCUCUUUAUGGUUCAUUGGAUGCUGAUUUCUUUGAUAAUCCAGAAGCAUCACUUCAGUGUGCUUUUUCAGCUCCUACUAAAAAUAUACAUAAUAGACACAAAGUGUGUAAAUGUGACAGAUGUGAAAAAAUCUUUCCUUCUUCAUCCAAACUUCAAAGACAUUAUCUUAUUCACACGGGACAGAAGCCCUUUGGCUGUAAUGUUUGUGGGAAGACAUUUAGACAGUCAGCUCACUUAAAAAGGCAUCAGCUCACUCAUACUGAAAAGAGACCAUAUGAAAGCCCUCUUUGCCAGGUGGAAUUUGAAAAUCUGAACAAACUUUUUAGUCACCAGGGAGAUCACAUUGAAUUUAAGUCUUCUCAGUCGGUGGGUUAUUCCCAGAGACCUUCACAGGCAUCCGGCUUUCCAGAAUUUGAGCUGAUUCAGUCAAACCAGGCAGCUGAAAUCAAAGUUGAACUAGAGUCUGGGGACUUUGUUCUUGGCACCAGCAGUAGAAACUCACAGCCAUAUUUGUGCAGUAAAUUGUUGGAAACGGAGCAAAGCCAUUAUAGUCACUGGUAUGAUUUUUCUGGGGUUAUGGAAAAAAGUGAAGCUAUUAAAAGAUUUUAUCAGUGUAGUGUCUGCUUAAAAACUUUCAAAUCACCUUCCAAACUUGAAAGACACUAUUUAAUGCAUGCUGGACAGAAGCCAUUUGAAUGUUCAGUUUGUGGUAAAACUUUCAGACAGGCCCCACAUUUGAAAAGGCAUCACCUUACUCACUUUAAAAAGAAAUCAUAAAGAUAGAAUGGCUGCUGGACUUCCAUUGAGUGGAAUAACAAACACUAGAAGAUAUUUUGUGUCCAGCAGAAGUGAUGGUGUCCAAUGACAUUUUUUUAAAUCUAAACCUUCAGGGUUACAUAAUUAUGAACUGGUUUACAACAGAUUAACAUAAGUAGUCACUUUCCAUAAACCAGUCAGAGAUGGCCUGAAGGAAGGUUAAUGUACUGUUUUUAGACUGUCUACUUAAAAUGCUUGUGAUAAAUAGGGGUUGAUGUUUGAAAAUUUUCAGCAAUGUUUUUUUGUGAAUACAUGUAGUUACUGCGUAAAAGUAUUUUGGCAAUCUGUAGUGCAAUAUAAAUCACGUGCUUAAAAGUUGUGCCUCUUCCCCAUCCAGAAGAGUUAUUUUAUGACCAUAUGCUUUCUGACUGCACCUACCAAAAAGCAAAUGUAAAAGGACUGUCCUUGACCCACUUCACUUUGUCUCCAUGUAUGUUGAAAGUAUAAGAUGAAUACUGUGCCUGAUGAGUACUAGAUCUUGCAUCUACUUUACCUUGUCUAUUCCCAGCAAGUGAAUAUAAGAGGAAAAAGAAAGGAGUUGGAAGAGGAAAAAGUGGAGGAGAAAGCGUGGGGGAGGGAUGAAUAAUUUCCACAACAGUAACAUGUGGUUAACAAAGAUGAUAUUUACCUACUUUAAGAUCUAUGGAUGAAGACUGCUAUGUAAGAGCUAGGUAUUUUAUUGAACAUAUGCACAUAAAAAUAGUGAAAAGUUUGUUUCUGAAUCAGCACCAUCCUCUUAACUUGAUUUGACUAUUCCAGUCUUACUCCCUGCCUCUUCUAGCUUUUUUGGAACAAUCUAAACAGUACUCAGAGUGUUUUUAAAUCAAGAGUAGUGAAUGAGGCUCUUAAUUAAUCCGCAAAUGUAGUCUCCCUCCCCUCCCCGCCUUUUCAUAUAAUGAUGACAUUAAUGCAUCCCCUUCCCACUCAGACACUUUAUAUAUAUUUCCUCUGAAAGGCCAAAAUUCUGAGUAACAGCCUCCUUGUUUCCUGGUAUUGAGCACUACACAAAUUAAGGAAAUAUUCCUUAGGAUGGGAUAAGGUGAUAACUGACAAACAACGUUGACAGGAAGUCAUUCCUUUAUAAUGUGAAAUAAUGGAACUGUAAAUGACUACUAGCUCCUAUGAAAUAAAUUCAUUUUUGUAUUCAUGAAAGCUGUAGUUAACAGUAUUACAUUUUCUUGUGGUAUAUGCUCACUUUUCUCCUUGUGUUGAAAGAAUGGGUGAGCAAAAAUACUUUGGACAUUCUGGGAAAAGAGACUCUGGGAACUUGUAGAUAAAGAAUUUUUUUUUCCUCAGAAAAACUUCCUGCUAAGUUUGUCUUUGUUUAACUUCUGAAUGUUUGAACCCUAAAUUUUCCAACUAUUCCAAAUAAUAGAAAAUUGGUGAGAAAGUAGAUCCAGAUUUAUGUAAAUGAACUUUGACUUAUAUUUGUAGUCUUUGAAGUGAUUAAGUUAAAAACUAUAUAAUAUUUUAUCUGAAUGAAGCAAGAAUUUCCUCUUAUCUUGAGAUUGUCUGUCCCUGCGAGGGUGCAUCUAGACGGCAGGGGUUUAUUUCGGAAAAACAGCAGUUUUUCCAGAAAAACUUCACUUACAUCCACACUGCUAUUGAGUUCUUUCGAAAGAAAAUCAAAA